AUCUGAGCACAAUGCAUACUUCUGUUUUAAAUAGGUUAAUUCAUUUAUAAAGAAACAAUGUUACUUGGAUAUAUUUGUAAAAUACUUCUCAUUCGAACUACCGUCAUUUUAGUGGGCUCUAAGAGAAGAGACUUGCUGUUCGAAAGUUUAUAGACCCGCCAUUGCUACCGAGUAUUCUGACAGUAAUCCGAUGAAAUCAUUUCUAUCACUAAAAUUUUUGUGAGCCUGGUGUGCCUUCUCGAUAGUAAUACGUCUAGUCAGUGAUUCGUGACCGAGAAUUGUGAUCAGGAACCCGUUCAAGUAGAAGCAGGCAUCAACUAGUUCGACCUUAAAAGUCAUCUAGCAUUGAUCAUUUAUAUUCACGUUUUGGAGAAUAAAAUCUCUGAUAAUUCUCGAACUCAUACUUUCAGCUAAAAAAACAUGUCGGAUACAAGACGACGUCGAAAAUCUAAUCAGUCUUGCGGUUCCGAUGACCUCUCGGAUUCUGGCGAAGAAUUAAAUGCAACGAAAGAAACCCAGAGCAGUGAACAAACUGAUGGUCAUCAGGAUUCAGAAUGUGAUGUUUAUCCAUCUGAUUCUGAUGUUGAAUCUCAAGAUGGUGCAUUACGUGAAAGUGGAGAUGGACAAGAAGAAGAGAAACCUCAAAAGAAAUUGGAUGAUGAUGAGGACAGACGUAAUCCGCAAUAUAUUCCUAAAAGAGGAACAUUUUAUGAACAUGAUGAUAGGACUACCGAUGAAGUGACAGAUAAUACUGUAGAGCCACAGAAUGAAAGAGAAACCAAAGAAAAAAAAGUAUGGAAAGAUAAAGAAGAUAGAUGGGACCAUGAUCGAUACAAUGAUGAGGAACAAGCACCAAAGAGCCAUGAAGAAUUAAUAGCUGUUUAUGGUUAUGAUAUAAGAAAUGAAGAAGGUCCACCUAGAGCUAGAAGAAGAAGAAGAUAUGGUCGUGGUCCAAAUAAGUAUACACGUAAUUGGGAAGAUGAAGAUGCAUAUGGAAAAGCUGGAACUAAUGUUUCUAAUAAAAAUAAAAAGUUUAAUAGAAGUGGUGAAGAUUUCCCUGCUCUAGGAACUAAUAAAAAUGCUUCUGCACCACCUGUGGAUGAACCAGUAAUCUCAUCAGCUUGGUACAGUAGUAAAAAUAAAUCACAAAAUAAAGUACAAAACUUUCCACCCCUGCAAGCUCAGAGUGAUAGUCCAAAAACAAAAUCUAGCGGUACAUCUAAUACGCUCACAAACGAGAAUAAAGCUCCUAAUGAACCUACAAAUCCCGCUUGGAAAAAGGACGCCAAGAAUUCAUCCUAUACUCAAAGCAGUAAUGGAAACAGUGGGGCUGGUGGUGAUGCAGAUAAAUUAGUUAAUACUAAAGUAUCUCCAAGAGAUAACAACAAGAGGAAUGUUCAAGAGUCUGUAAGCUUGGCAGCCAGUAGAACUCGCGGGCGAGGAUUCAGAACAAAUGCUAAUAACAAUAUGGUCGCUAAUAGAACAGUUGAGACAAAGCCGAAAGGACGUGGAGCAGGUCCAAUCUCUGCUGAGAAUAAGAGAAAUAGUACUAUUCAAAAUGAUGAUGAACAGCAAAUUACUCAUGACAUGAAACAUGUGAAUCUUCACGAUGGUACGCAAUACCAUCAAGGUGGAAGACACAACAAAAAUUUUUAUGGACAGUCUUCCAAUCAGCAAAGAUCAGGCACAGUACCUCCAAGAAUGCAACAGCAGUCUCAUUCACAGCAACAACCGCAACAACAACAGCAGUCGCAGCAACAGGCAACUCAACAACAAGAUAGUUCUGCUAAUAGACCAAAGCGAUAUUCUAGUUUGCGACAACGACCUACGGCUUCCGAAACUCCAGGACAACAAAAUUAUACACCACCGCAUGGGCAACAUGGACAGCAUAAUCAACAUAAUCAGCAUAAUCAACAUAGUCAGCAUAAUCAACAUAACCAACAUGGUCAACAUAAUCAACAUGGUUAUUUCCCUCCUCAAGCUGGAAAUUCAAGAGGUGUUUUAGAAUCACAAGGAUAUCCACAAGGUCAUUUUGAACAAUCUACGCCCGUUGCUGCCGCAGCUGCACCCAUGGCUGGUCAGCCUGUUAUUCCUCUGCCGCCUAAUGGUCAACCAGCUAGCUAUGCUCCACCGCCGUUUUUAGUACCGCCACCACAGUUUAUUCCUCCGCAGACUGCUCCACCUAGUAUAAUUAAUUAUGUUCCGGGUCCGAAUGGACCAGCAUUUCAACCAAAUUUCCAAGGUUACCAAGGAUAUAGUCCACCAGUACAGCCAUCGCGUCCACCGCCACCGCAAGAACUGUUCCAACCACAAGGUUGCACUUACUAUAGUCCUGCACAGCAGCAGCAGCAACAACAACAGUCGGCACCGAUGAGACGACCAAAGGCAGCUAUUCCAAUUCUUCCACCACCAGAAAAUCAGCAACAUCAAACUAGUAGAGGAAGAGGUAGAAGUACGCAACCACAACAAAAUAAUCAAGUGGGUAAUAUACAGCAGACUGAACUGGAAAUCAAAACUGACUUGGAAGAAAGUGAUCAGAAAAUCGUGUCUGAACAAUUUGAUAACAUCCAAACCGAGGAAAUUAUAGAAGUUGAUGAAGCACCGAAAAAUGAUGAUUUAAGUGUAAUAACGGAUACUAUGGUUGAAAACAAAGAAAAGGAUGUUCCGGAUGUUGAUAUCGAUAUAUCAGUGGGCUCCGAAGGUGUUACAACUGAUCAAGUAGACGGAAUAAGUGAUCACGAUUCAUUAAAAGUUACUAUAGAUGAUCAGAAUAUUAUUCCACUUAAAUCUCCGGAAGCAGUCGUGGAAGAGACUGAAAAUGAUUCAAAUAUAAUUGAAACCACUACGUCUGAAAGUAAGGUUGUUGAAGAGGCAGCAGCUUGAAAGAACAUCACAGAGUCUUUUAACAUUUUUCGUGACAGACGUAAUUGUGAAUGUUCGUGAGUAUGAAUAUGCAUAUAUAUUAUAAAAAUACUGUGUAACUUUUAUUGGAGUUAUUACGCAGUUUGUAUAGCGAAUUGGUUUUCACAGAUCACUUGUGAAAUACCGUAGGAAUUGGAUGUGUGCGUAUCUAAUACAUAUUUUGAACGACUUUAUCUAAUUCCAGCAUAUUGUUGUACAUUUCGUAGUUCACAUUUGUAUUAAUGUUGCGCUACGAAUCCAUUGAUCUGCUGCUAUCAUUAAACUACACCCUUCUAUAUUGUUAAAUUACUUUCAUAUAUGAAAUCUACUAAUUCAUUAUUAGUAGGCAGGAAUAGUGUUAAAUGUAUUCUCGUGUAUCGAGUAUUAACACAUGCAGCAUUGACUGGUAAAAUGGUUAAUAAAUCGAUAUCUUUUUAAUACAAUGGCUAUUGUAAAUAGAAUAUAGUCGAGUCAGUAACCUCAGCAUGUAUUAUGUCUUUAACUCAUUAACCAUUUGGCGCGCAUUUUUCUUUUAUUUUGAUUCCAGGAGACGUAUUUUUCCUUUUACUCAAAUUUGAAAAUCAUCGUAAAUUUUAUAUGUGUCAUGCACUUUAAAGUUUAAACGAAUAUUUAAAAAUAUAUAUAAGUCAAUAUAUAGUUACUUAAAUAGUUUAGUUUUUUUAAAGUUUUUAACAAUUUUUUUUUUUCUGUACACGCUGUAUGGUUAUAUUGUUCAAACAAAUACAUAAUCUGCAAAAGAAAUUAUUGUUGUUUAUCUUUUCUUAAAAAAAUUAAGCAGACGGACAUUAACGUCAUUUGCGCCAAAGGGUUAAAUAAACGGCGAGUGAAUGAGGUAUGUUUAUUAAGUAAAAAAAUAGUAAAAAAAAACAUUACUUAACGCUUUAAUUUUACUUAUAUUAUAAUAAAAAGAUUAUGAUAGAAAAUUUUGUAUCUGCUUGUAUCAUUAAUAACGGCCGUUAUAUAAUUCAGUACAUCAUCAAGAUUAGGUGAGGUAAAAGUAAUAUUAACUAUUAAUCUUGUCAUUGAUUAUAUUAACUACGUUUUUUAUGAAACUCGAAAGAAGAUGAAACCAUGAUAAUUUUUAUUUAAUACGCUUACGGCGAUAUGCUUUGUUACUGGCAAAGUGGAACAGAAAGAUAAUAUAUUGAUAAGAUGUUUUUUCAUAUGCGAUUAAAUUUAUUUUCCUGUAUUCGAUUUUGUUAUGUUUUGCAAAAGCUUUCAAGCAUACAGACUUACCGAUUGAGAUUAAACUCGUAUAAAAUGUGUUGUUAUGAGAUCGCAUAAAUAUGGAAUUGAUUAUUGCGAUAAUUAAAUUGUAAUUUUAGCGAAGUAAACGUACGUUUCAUUAAAAUUACAUAAUGUACUAGAAAUAGUGUACAGAAUACAAGAUUCACAUCACAUUAUAUUUAUAACAUAGUACUAGGAUAAAAGUUAUGAAAUUUUUUACAUACGAUUUUGUCGGUAUGUCCGUCAUACCAUUUGAAUAUUAUAAAUAUAAAUUACAAUCAUAGGGUUGCGAUCAUUCAGUUAUGAAGAAUGAUUCGCAAAUUCGCGUGUGCCUAUGUUUCUGUUCUCAGAGAACAAACAUCGAGUUUAGUAUAAAUACAUUUAAAAUAAUUCAGUGUUUCGUUACAUCAAAUACCUAAUGUUAUUUUUUAAACAAAUUUAACAUGUCUACCAGUACCAGUAGGAACUAAAAUAUGGUAGUUUCUUUAUAUAUCUUUCUGUUACUUAAACUUUAACAGGUGAAACACAACUUUUUCUUUGCAUGUAUCUGCUAUCAAAUAUUUUACUAUUAAGGUUGAAAUUAUAUUUCAAUAAAUUACUUUUGAAGUUUA